CACCGGCAGUGUCGUCUUUUCUUUUCCGCUCAGGUCUCAGUAGUCGUGGGAGCGUGGAUUUCAACAUCUGGGCUCACAAAAUCACCUAAAAUGAGCGUCCCGGCGUUUAUCGAUAUUACGGAAGAAGACCAGGCCUCAGAGCUGAGAGCCUACCUCAAGUCCAAAGGAGCUGAUAUAUCAGAAGAAAACUCUGAAGGUGGACUUCAUGUAGAUUUGGCUCAGAUCAUCGAGGCAUGCGACGUAUGCCUCAAGGAUGAUGAUAAAGAUGUAGAGAGUGUGAUGAACAGCAUCGUGUCCCUGCUGUUGAUCCUGGAGACAGAGAAGCAGGAGGCUCUCAUUGAAAGUCUGUGUGAGAAGCUGGUGAAGUUCCGUGAAGGAGAGAGACCCUCCCUCAGGAUGCAGCUACUGAGUAACUUGUUCCAUGGCAUGGAUGAAAACACUCCUGUGAGGUACACUGUCUUCUGUAGUCUCAUCAAGGUGGCAGCAACUUGUAAUGCCAUCUCCUUCAUUCCCACUGACCUCGACCAGGUGCGCAAGUGGAUUAUCGACUGGAACCUGAACACAGAAAAGAAGCACACUCUCUUGAGGCUGGUGUAUGAAGCAUUGGUUGACUGCAAAAAAAGUGAGGCUGCAGCAAAAGUGAUGGUUGAGCUGCUGGGGAGUUACACAGAAGACAAUGCUUCACAAGCACGUGUUGAUGCUCACAGAUGUAUCGUCCGUGCUCUGAAAGACCCCAACACCUUCCUGAUUGACCACCUCCUCACUCUGAAACCUGUUCGCUUCCUGGAGGGAGAACUCAUCCAUGAUUUAUUAACCAUCUUUGUGAGCGCAAAACUAGCAGCAUAUGUAAAGUUUUACCAGAGUAACAAAGACUUCAUUGAUUCUCUUGGCUUGUCUCACGAGCAAAACAUGGCCAAGAUGCGUCUGCUGACAUUCAUGGGCAUGGCAGUGGAAAACAAGGAGAUCUCCUUUGACACCAUGCAACAGGAGCUGCAGAUCGGAGCCGACGAUGUCGAGGCUUUUGUCAUCGAUGCUGUUCGUACCAAGAUGGUGUACUGCAAAAUUGACCAGACACAGCAAAAAGUUGUUGUGAGCCACAGCACACACCGCACCUUUGGCAAGCAGCAGUGGCAGCAGCUGCACGACAGUCUCAGCUCCUGGAAGGCCAACCUAGCAGCCGUCAAGAGCAGUCUGCAAGCCCUGUCGCCUUCUGCUUAAUUCCACCUUAACCCGACUGUCUAGACUGCUUGACCCUCCAUUCUUUUUCUGCUUUCCAAAUCCUCAGACUGAAAUGAUCAGCUUUUAUAUUCAUCCAAUAAAAUAACAAUGGAGAUCAUC